AUGCCUCAAUUCAAAGUAGCAAUCUACCUGUACCCCCAAGUCGACCUCCUCGACUUCUCCGGACCCGCAGAAAUCUACAGCUACCGCGACACCCUAGACAAAAACGCCACCUUCCCCUUCGACGUAACAUCCUUUGCGCACUCCAGCCCUGUCGUCUCUGCCUCGCCCGCCCUGGUAUACCAGCCUAGCAAAACUUUUGCCGAAAUCGCCGACCAAAUCACAGACUACGACAUUCUCGUCAUCCCCGGGUCCCACGACAAAAUUGUCACGGAUCUGAUUGCCACAGAGCCCGGCAAGCAGGUCAUCUCGCUGAUUCAAAAGUUUGCCGCUGCGAAACCGCGUGCGGAGACGGGGAAGCGGUUCCUCCAGUCCGUAUGCACGGGUUCACUCUUACUCGCUGCAUCGGGUGUUCUUACGGGCCGCACGGCGACGACGCAUCAUCUUAGCUAUGAGUUGCUGAAGACGAUUGCGGAUGAGGCUGCGGGCGGCGAGUCGAAAGUUAAUGUUGCGAGGCAGCGGUAUGUGGAUGCGGGUACGACGGAUGGUGGCGUGCGCAUUGUGACUGCUGGCGGUGUGAGCUCGGGUAUCGAUGCUACGAUUCAUAUCGUUGGGGAGCUUUUUGGGCAGGAGAGGGCGGAUUGGGUGGCAGAGGUUGCGGAGUUUGAGAGGAGGGAGAAGGGGUGGGGGGUUUGA